AUGUACGUCGAAAAGACGGGUCCAACCACUCCGCCACCCUUAUCAGACUCAACACAUACAUUUGAACUCGACUCCUUGCUCAAUCGUAUGGACCAAACCGCCAUCCAGGAUGAAAGAGCCACCAUAUUCAGUCAGAUUUGCCCUGAAGGCGAGGCGGUCUCAACCAUUCCACCGUUGCCUGAAAUGGAAAGACAGCCGUCCCACUCCCAAAGCGAAGAUCACACCGUGGCCGAGGAAGACGCCCAGUUACACACCCUCCACCAGAUCACCAGCGGACAUGGCGCCCAUCUUUCUCCUACAACACUGUUGUCCUCCGGUCAAGGCCGCCAGAUAAUAGAAUACUACGGCCCACUGAAUUCCAUCACUAUUCUUGGAGACGUGCUAGGGUCGCGGGAGCGGAAAAGGUUGAUUCGCAUUGUCGUUUCUGGCCCUGAAACGCUCAGUGCCAAGCAACGAGAGUUGACCGGAUUGGAGCCCGCUGAUAUUCGUUAUCUGACUGAGAAGGGCGCCCAUGACCUUCCGUCCAGAAAAGUUUGUGAUGACCUGUUACAUCUGUUCUUUGAAUGCAUAUAUCCUUAUGUGCCCAUCUUAGACAGGGUGGGCUUCCUGGAAGACUACAAGCGCGAAAACUGCUCCACCUUCCUGCUGCAAUCUAUUUUUGCCAAUGCAGCCCCGUAUGCGUCUGCUCAGCUGCUGCACGAGGCGGGAUUUCCAGAUCGGUCCGCUGCACAGAAGUCAUUCUCUCAGAAGGCAAAGCUGCUAUUUGACCUUGGCUGUGAAAAAGGACAAUUACGUCUACUGCAGGGUUCCUUACUACUAAGUUCCCUUCAGUUCUCCAUUGCCCCCGACAAAGACUACAGAUUCUGGCUGCACAACGCAAUUCGAAUAGCAACCCAGAUGGGACUCCAUCGAGAAAACAUUGGCGGAGAUCUCGACCCCGCCACUUACAAGCUAUGUCGGCGAAUUUGGUGGGUUCUUUACGUGGGUAUCUUCAGGUACUGCUACCGCGGGGUUAAUACUGAUGGCUUGGUGGGAACACAGCAACGAGACGUCUUACUCUCAAUAUCAGGACUCGAAAACGUCCGUGGGAUUCACGACGACGAAAUGGACACGACAACGCUAAGAGAAGACGACUGGGACCAUGAGCACCUUCCACCAGGCUCGGAAAAAGUCCUGCCUCCAGCGACUCGCCUGCACAAGAUCUACUUCAUCGAGAAUUGUAAGCUAGCAGUGAUAGGAGCACAAUUCUUGAGCUUGUUUAGAUUCUCGAGCACCCCGGUCACCGCCGCAGCGGCAUAUGAACUGGCAGAAGCCAUCUCCCACUGGCGAAGCUCGCUCCCUGCAGAGCUCUCGGUCGACAUGGUGGUACGAUGGUCCAAGGAAAACGUCUGGAUUCUUGUCUUGGCAGCCAUGAGCUACCGACUCGAAUGCGUCUUCUACAGAGAGGUGAAAAAGCAGUUACGCACAGUGACCAUGGACGGAGUGAACGCCGACACAGAUGCGGAUACGAACGCGAACUUGGAUUGGGCCUCUCAACGUCUCUACAGCUCGGUGUUUGAGUUGGAUACCGUGAUUGGAAGGGUACUGACACACAAUUUGGGUCAAUUCUGCCCGGCAUCCAUUGUGAUUUGCACCUCGACCCUCCUUGCUCUCCAAGUUGAAGUGGCGUUGGAUCCCACGGCCACCGAGCCCCGCAGACUGGUGGCGAAGGCACACAUCCACGCCGGUCUCUCUUACCUCGGCAGCAUCGGGGAACACUGGCCAAGCGCCAUCUGGGCUUUACGAGUGUUCGAGGCUGUGGCGUCGCGCCCAGACUUGUCACUGACAAAUACCAAUACAACUACAACCACAACUACAACUACACAUCGCCCGAGACCGGCCGACGAUUCAAAUACGGCCACGACGGCGAGCACACCCGGGCCGGAUCACACUCGGUCUCAAAAUGACGAGGAUUUCGUUCAUGGACUUCCGCAGCUGUCCCAAACCACCACUGGUCCUGGCCGGCUUCAACAGAGGAUGGAGGGCCCGGGCCAGGCGAACGACUGGUUACAGGAUUUAUUGGACUCGGAGUUACUGAAUUCGAGCUAUGUCGAAGGUCUGAACGACGGGUUUUUUGACUUGAGACCGCUCAUCUAG